AUGUAUCUCCUGGACCAUUCACUGCACUCACAGCGGACAGAGUGGGCUGUCGGACAAGUGGGCGCGUACGUAGCAAGCCCCGAGAAUAUUGGCGAAACGAGAAAGGUCCUAAGGACAACGUACCGCAAGUUCUUGAUUUUCCGGACGUACAAGUUCGUCGCCGUUCAGGAACAGGGCCAACGCCAGUCCCGGGUAAGAUGCGGAAGAUAUGGUGUUCAUCGGUGCCUCGCGGAUGACCUGGACAAAGAUACAGCCCAACAGGCGCCCUCUGGGCUCCGAGCUUGUUCGCUGCAUCAGCUGCAUGAAGCUGCAGGGGCAGCUGCCAGCGAGGACUCAGACCGUGAAAACCGGGCUGGUGGUGUCUGCGGCCACCGGGCACAGGAGUUCGUGGCGCAACAGGAACAGCCUCAGACACGUGAGGACUCGGUUGUUCGAUCCCAUCGGGCCCAGAAACUGCAUGAAACUGCAUCACCAGGCAGAGCGUCAUUAGAACAAGAAGGAGCUUCGAAGCCGUCUGCACAGGUACCCGUGACACGAAGCCACAUGCGCAAGGCAGCUCCCACAGACGCAGCUGCUCAACCGAACGUGCAUCUGGCGUCGACUCUAACGGCCAGUGCGACUGAUGGAGACGCCGCAUCCGCACGUGGUGGGCCUAUGAUGAAGGAAGCCAAAUGUCAACCGGAGAGCCGUGCAGCGCCGGCCAAACCUGCGGCUGCUGCGCCACACUGUGCUGGAGGACUGUUAUCCCCGAUUGCUGCAUCUGGGCCUACCCAAACAGCGUCGAUACCAACGUUAGCGAAAGUGACGAAAUCGGCGCGUGGAGAUGCUGACAAGGUUAAGCAACGUCCGAGGGACCCUGUGCUGCGUAGCAAGAUCAUGGUUCUUGACGUGGCAGCGGCAGCUGUCCAAGCAGAAGCAGGGAUUGGAGCAGACGGCCUUGAUGCGGCGGUGGCCAGUGGUCGUCGUACCCGAGGGUCAGUAGCCCGCACUAAUCAGCAACCGGUUUUGGACAAGGACCGGCUCCCUGCCACGAGCAAAGCAAGAGGGUUAGGUCGUGGUGUGUCAGCAAAGCCGGCGCAGCAAGCUGCCGAAACCCAGCCCUGUGCAGGUUUGGUGCGGCAGCGGGUUAAUGGUGCAUCGAACUCCGGGACACGGACAGCUUCAUCGGGGCGCAUUCCGCCGGACGUCCCUUCUGGAGAACAGGUGGCCAAGCGCAGGUCGGCCAGAGGCGCUGCCGCUGCAGCUGCUGCGGGCAUCACAGCAGCUGCAGGCGUCCCUAGCGCUGUAGCAGCAGCCACCACCCCUGCCGGUCUUACGCAAGCACCGCUGCAGCAUCAGCAACAGCCAGCUGCAGGACCGAUGCAGGCUCUGCCGGUAGUAAGGGAGUCGCAGGACGCGCAAGACGACGAUGAAGCCAGCCGGCCCAAGAAGCGCCCACGAAAGGGCCCCGUGCAGGCAAUUGCUCACGCAGCCGCGGCACCCCAGCAGCCGGCAACGCAAGGAAAAAACGCUGCUACGGCAGGUCGUGAUUCUGGGAAAGGUCCAGCAGAACCAACGGUGCAAGGAGGCCCGGAUGGAGCAGGUCAGCCGGCAGCCGGCAGUUGGGCAAUGCAAGCCCUGGCUUCAGUGGCUACGGAGGAUAGGCAGAAGUUAGGGACUGGUGUAGAGGAACGCACAGCCAAAGGAGAUGCUGCUGCUCCUGGCCAGCGUAAACGCGUUGCGAAGGCUGGACGGCGAAAGAAAGCCGGCGCUGCUGCGGCACCCCGGGCAGCACAGCCCGGGCUGCAGACGGAACUAAACUCUGCCCAGCAGGUGAUUCCCAACGCUGUCGCAGGAGCGGCGGAGAAGGCAGAGGCAAAAUGCUUAACGGGGCCACGUGCGGCCUUGAAUGAUGGACCCGUAGAGGUGCAGCAGCUCCCCGUGGAACGAAUGAUGCGCAGCCUGGGUACUCAUGCUGACCGCGAAGAAAUGGCUGCGGUGCAUGCAUCGACAAGUGGGGGGCCCGCAGCGCAUGUCAUGCGCCAAGCUGGAUCGUCUGGCGAACGGCAGCCAGUUGUAAUGGAGCAGCAACUGGAGCAGCAGCGGCGAAUGGACGCGAGCGUGCCCGUUGCACCCCAAGUAAUGGGCAACGAAUGCGCUGGCAGGAGGAAGAAGCGAAAACGGGCCCCGGUAGGUCCGGAUGCUGCGGCUGUUAAGGAAAUCUCCCAGAAUCCAGUAGCCUCAGAGCCGCAGAAAAACGAACUUCAGCACCUGGCAAGGGAGGGGGACGGCGCAUGUUGGGGGCCAGAUGUUGGGGGCAUUACCCCCGCGGAAGUACAGCACCACGAACCGGCGCCCGCGUCAGCUGCCGCCGCCCCGGAGAUUCCGGUGGCGGCAACUUCACCUGAAGGUGUUGGCACCGCCACUAUGCCAAGCCCCGCUGCAACCCGCAACCAUGCGGCGGAAGGCCCUUGCAAAAGCGGGGCCGACCUUCCCGGGUCACCCGUGAGUGAAACUGCCGAGGCAGAACGUAUCUUGCACAAGCUGCCUGUUUCCGUGCGUGAGGUGAUUUCCCCUGCUGGGUCGGUGGCACAGUCUAAUUUGCCGAGGUCGCAGGGCGCGGAAGCAUUGGACAAAGGGGGCGCCCUGAAGCAUCCCAUCAAGGCGCAGGUUUUUGGUGCGAGUUUGCAUAUGGGCGCGUCCAGCUGGAGUAACGCAGAGCUACUCCGGCAGUUUGCCAAUGUGCCUAUGGAGCGACGGCCCACGGAGGACUGCAAUGGAUGCAGGGUCCAGCAGCAGUACGGUACCACGUAUGCCGCCGAGAUGGCGAGCCAAAACCGCGCUGCCAUUACGCCCGGAUCUGGCCGCAGAGGGGUGGAUGGCGGGCAGAGGGCGGCGGCUGCGCCAAGGCAAUACACCAGGCCAAUCCCUCCCCCGCCCCGGUUCGACGCGGAGCCGCAUACUAGCCAGCCAGGUCCCCAGUUGGACUCGGCCGAUGAAGGCGAUGAUAGGAACCCUGACGGCGCGAUGCACACGCAUGGUGGUGGUCGCGCGAAGGGGCCAGGCGGAUUUUUCGUGCAGCGGGGCCGCGAUUACGGCGUUCAACCGCAGAAUGAUCCCCACUCGAACCAGGGAGACAGUGCCUCUGAGGCUCUUGACGCACCUGAAGCUGCGUUCCCACCAACGGACGCUCUCCGCAGCAAGGUCGCGCAGGAAGCUGGGGCAACUUACAUGGUCAGGCGCGGGCCAAUGGUUGCUGACCGCGGCGACCGGGUGGCAUUCUUCCAUGGGCCUGCAGCAGCUUCAGCGGGCGUGACGACGAUGCGUAAUUUUUAUGACGCAGCGAUUAUAGAGCAGGUGCCUUGCCUACCAGGAAGUGGCCAGCAGGAGCAAUGGCGACAGCGGCCAACGGAUUUACAGCGGCAUCAGUCGAACACAGCUGGCGAGGAUGAGUAUCGGCAAGGUGGCAGUGGGCUCGGCACCGGCCACGCACUUAGUAGUGAUAACAGGCCGUCUGGAUUGCAGUUCAGCAAUGGGGGAAUUGGGGACGGAUACGGCAUCCAUACGAGAAAGGACCCAAGUGUUAAAUCCGGGCCAUCUGCAGCUGAGCGGCAGGGCGCGGUAGGCAGCGACGACGGGGCGCAGCGGCAGGGUAUACCUGACUCCUUGCUACAGGCAGGGCUGCCAAAGUACCCCGAACCCCAGAACGGCUACGGCUUAGCUCAUAAUGCUAGAGACACAGCAGAGCUCUCGUGCCAUGCGAAUGCUCAAGCAGGCCCCACUGCUUUUGGACUAUCGCGGGACGGCAUGGAUCCAGCCAUACGUUGGUGCCCGGAGGGCCCACGCCCUAUCCCGCAAGGUGAACCAGGAGGUCCAAUUGUCCAUGUGCAGAGCGAUGUACAUUGGCAGCGGCACGCUCCGGCAUCUGCAACGCGGAACGGUAGUCGUGGAUGUGAACCGCAAGUUACUGAUAGUAUCACUGACGAGCACCGUACAGGGCCUCCGCAGCCACAGCAGAGCGCGCGAUACCGAUCAGCUGCAAGCAUCGAGCAACAGGCCUCACAUUACACACGGCCUCCACGGAGUGACCAGCGGCCCCCCUGGCAGACUACAGUGGCAGCUGCUGCACCUGAAAGCCGGGUGGCCAACGUUGCCGUGGAAGCCGAAGAAUUAAAACCGAAUCGCGACAGCAGCAAUGACCAAGUUGACGCCAUAGAUGUGGACGAUGGCGGCCCUGGCUAUCAGCAGACCGAUGUGCCGCCUUCACCACCGCCGGCUCCACCACAGCAACACCAGCAGCCCCGUAUGCAAUUGUGUCACGGUCAGCCGCUGGAUGACCCAUACGCGGCAAGACACCAGACUGGAUCAAGACAACAGCAGGAGUUCCCCGCGUGCGCAUACUAUGCACGUCCUGCUGGGCAGCCGGAGCUUCGGCAACCACAGAGCGAUAUAGGGCACGGUACUCAAGGUGACUCAAGGAGGCAGCCUGGUGUACCCACCACGCAGCGUGGGGAGCAGAACUCCUUCCCGGACCCUUCUAGUUUACAUGAGCCACUACACGAGCUGCCACGGCAGCUUGAACCUAAGGAGCAGUACCCAUGGCAUGGCUCUGUUUUGGAGUCAGUGCAGGAAGGGCCGGGUGACUGGCGCUCAGCUGCCGUGCAUCCGGCUGCGAGCCAAGUUGCUUCAGUCCAGCCACAUCGAAAUCAGUUCCAAGAGCAACAGCCGGGCUCGUCGGAAGGAGUUGUGGUGCCGCAACCUGGGGGUCGGCCUGGGCCACCAGCACAGCAACGACGGCCGCAGCCGCAAACGCGGCAGUUUGUUGUACCAUCGCUCCGAUCAAAUCGUGUUAACAAGCAGCACCGGGAGUACCAACAAAUGGAGCAUCCCGCAACACAGCAGCAGCCGCACCGCGUUCUGAACGGCGACGGCCGCAUGGCGGCGCAUGAUCGCCAGCCCACAGCAGCCGCUUCAGCCCCUGUACCAGCAUCCUCGUCGGAACCCUCCGCCGUGGAGUCCAUUCGCCGCGCCCUCAGUCGUGCUGACGGAGUCCAGAAGCGGAACAGGACGCGUGAGCUUGAGAUCACCGACCGGGAAGAGGAUGGCUGGACACUGGAGCAGGUGCAGGAGCUACAGACGGCAUACUUCAAGACGGAUCCGACGCAUCCAAAUUUCUGGCGCGAGGUCGCGCGGCACGUACAUGGCAAGACUGCAGGCGAGUGCUUCAUUCGUGUUUACGCAUCAGUCCGGAACCGAGACGAGAGGGCGCUGAUGUCGAAGGUCCUUCGGCGCCAGCCGGCGCCCGCUGCAGGAGGGACCGCCACAAGUCGACCCAUAACCUUGGCGGCUGCGCGGAAAUGGUCACAGAAGGCACACGAGCAGGAGCAGUUGGAGCGCCUAGCGCACUUGAGAGCCGUCGACGAGGAGUCACAGGAUGAGGCGACUGAUGAGGAUGUGGAUCAGGGCGAAGGCCAGCGUACCAGUAUCGGCCGCAGUCGCAAGCCACCUGGAGGCGGCCAGCGGUGGCUGCGGCAGUUUGCUCUUCCCGAUAACCCCACGGAGAUACGAAGUAUCCUGGAUGAUUUAGACCAGAAGCGUCAUGCGGAUAGGUUUAUCACAUCGUUCCUGCACAAGCAGGGCGGCUGGGCCAAGUGGCACAAGGCCGUGAAGGAGGCAUCGGAACGUCGCGUGCAGGUGCCUGAUGCGUCCAGGGUGCACCCGUGUGCGGGCGGCGACUCCAUCCGGCCUGGACAGUCGGCAAAGUUGGGCCAAUCACGGGACGACACGUUGGCCCGCGUCAUCAGGCACAUGCUUGCCGAGGAGAAAAUGCGUAAGCAGCGGCAGGAGUGGCGCGAGGAGGACCGGGCGGAAGGGCUUGAGGAUGAGGAUGAGUCGGUGGGAGAGCCUGAGGAGCCUGAGGAUUUGGACAAGGAGGGCAGGGAGCUAUUGCAGUACUUGUUAGAAGAGGGUUUGGUGGGGCCGGACGGCUUACCGGUACUCUAG